AUGAAAAAUGAACAAAUGGAACAAAGAAAAAUCAUAAAGGACUUAUGGGUGCAGCAAUCAUUUCAGUUUGGUGAAACAGUAAAUAUAAUAUCAAUGAUAUGGUUAAGACAAUGGAAGAAUUAUGUUAAAUAUGACGAAUCCCCAUUAAUAAAUGGAAAUGGCAAUAACAGUGAAAAUGGACAUAAUGAGCAACAACAAAAUGGAAAGGGUGUAAAUCAUCAUCACGAAUUUGAAUCACCAAAGCCAGAAACUAUUGAUAACAGAGAAUUACUUGAAGGUAUUGAUUCAGAAGGGAAUCCAAUAAUGGAUAGAAAGUUAAACGAAAAAACAGAUUUCGAGAUUGUACCAAGCAAAGUAUGGAGUCAGCUUAUUCAGUGGUAUCAAGGAGGUCCAGAAAUUAAAAGAACUGUUAUAACUUUAGGUUUUAAAGAUGAACUAUAUGUCGAAAUCAAACCAUAUUUAAUAAAUGUAAAAUAUCACACAUCACUAAUAAGUGAAAUACCUUCAAGGAAUCAAAACCAACAGCAACAACAAACACCAUAUUUAUAUUCAUACCAAAGAAGUUUAAAAUCAACUCUAGCAGAGUUAAGAGAAACUAUCGCAAAAAAUGAAAAUAUCAAUCCAAAUCAUUUAGAAUUUUAUAAAAACUCCACCAGUGGAAAAUCAAAACCAAUAAAGAAAAUAACGAUGUCUCUAGAAGAUCUAAAGUUUGAGGAUAAAACCGAUUUAAUACUACACUAUCAAACUGAACAAACUCAAAAAGGUAUUUCAAAGCUUGGUAAAAAGAUUACAGGUAUUUUUAAGAAGAAAGGACAUGGCAGUGGAAUGGGUGGAAGAUCUUACUCUGAUCCAUCAUACUAUACUAAUGGCGUGAAUGGUGGCGGAAGCAGCAGCAGCAGUAGUUCUACAAGUUCAAAUUCUAACGAAAGUUCACCCACUUUUGAAAAUAUUGAUCCAAAAAGUUCAAAAGAGAUUGUACUUUCAAAUAAAAUUUGUGGUUUGUCAAAUCUUGGUAAUACUUGCUUUAUGAACUCUUCACUACAGUGUUUAGCACAUACUAUACCUUUAACAGAAUACUUUUUAUCAGGAAAAUAUGCUUGUGAUAUUAAUAAAACAAACCCAUUAGGUAUGAAAGGUCAAAUUGCAGAGAUUUAUGGAAAAUUAAUGAAGGAUAUGUGGACAGGUAGCAGUAAUUGUGUAGCACCAAAACAUUUGAAAUGGAUUAUUGGUAAAUAUGCACCUCAAUUCAGUGGUAUGUCACAGCAAGAUUCACAAGAAUUCCUAUCAUUCUUAUUGGAUGGUCUUCAUGAAGAUUUGAACAAGGUAUUAAAGAAACCAUACACUGAAGAGAAAGAAGAAUCAAAAGAGCAAAGAGAAGAUGCAGUAGUAGCAGCUGAACACUGGGAAAACCACAUCAAAAGAAAUCAAUCAAUCAUUGUAAAUUUAUUCCAAGGUCAAUAUAAGAGUACAUUAACCUGCUCUAAAUGUAGCAAAGUUAGUAUCACCUUUGAUCCCUAUAUGUAUGUUACUUUACCUAUACCAGUUCCAACUGAACGUCUAUUCGAUGUCAUUCUAUUUAGACGUAAACCAAUUGAACAACUAGGACCGGAUCCAAACGGAAUCUAUUGUUUAAACAAUGCAAUGGCACCAAUUAAAUACUGCUUAAAGUUACCAAAAAGAGAAGAUGUCGAAACCUUAAGAGUUGAACUUUCAAAGAUUACCGGUAUCGAAUCAUCAUGUAUUGCAUUAGCAGAGACAUUAAAAAAUAGAAUAUAUACUUUUCUUAAUGAUCAAAAGAGUUUACUUUCAAUUAAAGAUAAAGAAGUUACAAUUGCAUACGAACUACCACAUGCUGGCGAGGAUAUUUCUAGAAUCCAUGUUAUGCAUAGAAGUAAUGGUGAUUUAGCUCUUUUACCAUAUGUAUUAUUAUUAAAAUACUCUGAAACCUCGCGUAAAGAUUUAUAUAAAAUGGUUUGGGAACGUGUUGGUCACAGAGUUAAAAAGGGGUGGCGUUCAGCAUUAAGACAAAAAUUAAAGGAACAACAAAAUUUAAAUUUAGAAAAUAAUAGCAACAACUCCUCUACAACAACUGUAAAUGAUCAAGAUCAAGAUAAUAUUAGCAAUCAACAAGAGCAACAUCAACAACAUCAACAACAACAACAACAAUUCGGUGAAAAAGAUAGUCAUCAUAGCACCUUUGAUGAUAGCCAGUUUGAAGAAGAUGAUGCCUCAUCAGUUACAGAUGAUGAUUUAUUCGAAUCAAUCUAUCCAUUCGUUUUAAAAACCACCAAUGGUAAUGGUAAUCAUUGUGAUCGUUGCCCAAAUGGUUGUACUGGUUGUGCAGUCGAAUGCGAUGAUAAACCAUUAACAAUUUUAUAUAAAACUCCAAAAUACUGGCGUGAAGGUUGUAAUAAUAUAGCUAUUGAUUGGAGACCAGAGAUUAUCAAAUAUGUCGAUUUUAUUGACCAUGACGAUCCAACAUCACCAUUCACAAUUCAAGAUAAAAGCAUUCAAUUAAAAUCAGAAUUUAGAAAUGACAUAACCCUCUACGAUUGUCUAUCAAUCUUCACAAAGAACGAAGAACUCAAGAAGAAUGAUACAUGGUAUUGUCCAGAUUGUAAAGCUCAUAUUGAAGCAACUAAAAAAUUAGAAUUAUGGAGCGCUCCAAAAAUUUUGGUUAUUCAUCUCAAAAGAUUCCAAUACACCUCAUACACUCAUCGUCAUGAAAAAAUCAACUAUUAUGUAGACUUCCCACUCGAUAAUUUAGAUAUCUCCAAAUUAGUAUUAAACAAAUCUUAUCCACCACCAGUUUAUCAACUAUAUGCCAUAUCGAAUCAUAUGGGUGUAAUGGGUUCUGGUCAUUAUACUUCUUGUGUUAAAAAUAAAGAUCAAUGGUAUUUAAUUAGUGACUCUUCAUAUCGUCCAAUAGAUAAAUUAAAAAUUAAAAGUUCAGAUGCCUAUGUAUUAUUUUAUCAACUAAAAUCUCCACCAACUGGAACAUUACAACAAUAA